AACUCACUUCUACCACCCUCUCCGCCCAUCUAUAUAUACGUCAUCCACAGUAUUCAGUUUACAACUCUUUCUCUCGCUCGCUCGCAGUUUCCAAUUUCGUUGAUUUCCAGAUGGCUUCUUCUGCCCUUAUCUGUGAGACAGAGCAAUGGAAGGACUUGAAGGCCCACAUUGAUGACAUUAAAAAGACACAUCUACGAGAUUUGAUGAGUGACACUGAGAGAUGCAAAUCGAUGAUGGUGGAGUUUGAUGGGAUACUACUGGACUAUUCACGCCAGCGAACCACCCCUGAUACAAUGGAUAAGCUAUUCAAAUUGGCAGAGGCAGCAUCCCUCAAAGGAAAAAUUAACAGGAUGUUUAACGGGGAGCGGAUUAAUAGCACAGAGAACAGGUCUGUUCUUCACAUAGCUCUCCGUGCUCCAAGAGAUGCAGUUAUACAAAGUGACGGCAAGAAUGUGGUCCCAGAUGUUUGGCAAGUUCUGGACAAGAUACAGGAAUUCUCUGAGAGGGUGCGCAGUGGUUCUUGGGUUGGAGCAACAGGAAAACCUUUGACCAAUAUUAUUGCCAUUGGUAUUGGUGGCAGCUUCUUAGGGCCUCUUUUUGUGCAUACUGCUCUUCAAACAGAUCCGGAGGCUAUUAAGUCUUCAAGAGGACGCCAACUGCGCUUUCUGGCAAAUGUGGACCCAAUAGAUGUUGCAAGAAAUAUAACUGGAUUAAACCCUGAAACUACGCUAGUUGUGGUGGUGUCAAAGACUUUUACAACAGCUGAAACUAUGUUGAAUGCUCGAACACUGAGGGAAUGGAUCUCAUCUGCUUUGGGGCCUGAGGCAGUUGCAAAGCAUAUGGUGGCAGUCAGUACUAAUCUAACGCUUGUGGAAAAGUUUGGGAUUGAUCCUAAUAAUGCUUUCGCAUUUUGGGACUGGGUUGGAGGCCGAUAUAGUGUUUGCAGUGCUGUUGGAGUUUUACCUCUGUCUCUCCAAUAUGGGUUCUCAGUUGUUGAGAAGUUCCUGAAGGGAGCUUCAAGUAUUGAUCAACACUUCUACUCAGCACCUUUUGAUCAAAAUAUUCCGGUGCUCUUAGGUUUGCUGAGCAUUUGGAAUGUUUCAUUUUUUGGAUAUCCUACAAGAGCUAUUUUACCUUACUCUCAAGCCCUAGAGAAGCUUGCCCCUCAUAUUCAACAGGUUAGCAUGGAGAGUAAUGGAAAAGGGGUAUCAAUUGAUGGUGUGGUGCUUCCUUAUGAGACUGGUGAAAUUGAUUUUGGUGAACCAGGAACAAACGGUCAGCAUAGCUUUUACCAAUUAAUUCACCAGGGAAGAGCAAUUCCUUGUGACUUUAUUGGUGUUGUGAAGAGUCAGCAACCUGUGUACCUGAAAGGUGAAAUUGUAAGUAACCAUGAUGAGCUUAUGUCCAACUUCUUUGCACAACCAGAUGCCCUCGCUUAUGGGAAGACCCCAGAACAGCUGAAAAUGGAGAAUGUCCCCGAGCAUCUUAUCCCUCAUAAGACCUUCUCUGGAAAUCGUCCAUCUCUCAGUCUUCUACUCCCAUCACUGAGCGCUUAUAACAUUGGACAGUUGCUGGCAAUCUAUGAACACAGAAUUGCUGUUGAAGGCUUCAUUUGGGGUAUCAACUCUUUUGAUCAGUGGGGUGUUGAGCUAGGAAAGUCAUUGGCUUCACAAGUCAGAAAGCAACUUCAUGCAUCACGCAAGAAAGGAGAACCAGUUCAAGGCUUCAACUUCAGUACUACUACAGUGUUAAAAAGAUAUCUAGAGGCAAGUGCAGAUGUGCCCGCAGAUCCACCAACCCUUCUUCCCCACAUGUAAAUGCUGCUUGUUGAAAGAUUCACCAGCCUUUGGGUCAUCACAUAACUUGGAAGCUCCAAUGAAGUAUGGUCAAAACUAUCAUAUACUUUCCGACUUCCAUGAAUGUUCUGUGGCUCCUGUGAUAUUGUGAUAUGAGUUGAUUUGCCUUGAAACUGUUUUCGGAUUACACAAGUUUUGGCUGUUUGAACUUUGAAGUCGUUAUAUGAACUGAAUCCCUCGUUUGAUUUCAGUAGCCGGUGGGGCUGUUUCCUGGAAAGACUUUACUUUUCAGGCAGAAAAUAAUGGUGUUUAGAAGUGGGUAUAAAAUAAUUAUGGUUUGGUGA